AUGGCGGACGAAGAGGAUGACGACCCCGUUGUUGCGGAGGUUUGUUUAUCUCACGAUUUUGAAGAUCCUUGCACAGUUUAAAGAGACAGUACUGUUCAUAAAGCAUAUAUCUUGCUCUCUUUAACAGGUGGACGUUUAUUUGGCCCAGGCUUUGGCCAACAAUCUCUACUUGUUUCAGGUAAGGACAGCUGAAUUCUUUCCCAAACUUGCAACAUGCGGAAAUUAAACUUGCAGCUUUGAGCAUGUUAUUUUGUUUUUCCCGCUUUGAAGUCUAGUAAUGUAGUUUUACAGCUAAGUGUUAAUUAUAUUAGCAUAGUUAGGAUGCUUCGCUUACUCCUUACGUUAUAUAAGCUAAAGCCUAAAUAAAACAGUUGCACAAAAUUGCACGUCAAUCCUACGUUACCGGCUUUUUGUUUUAAGAGGCUUUAGCCUCCUUAGCCUUCAGUAGAUAUCUUGGACAGCAAUAAAAGAAUACUGUGGUAGUUUAUUCAUCUCAUUUUGUGCAUGUGCUGUACAGCUACAGAAGAUAUUAAAAGUGUGUAAUUAUUUUAAUAAUCAUACAGUAUAAGCUGAAAGGAGCAAGUGUGAACCUCGUUAAGCCAGGGAGUAACCAGUCAUUUUGCCCCCAAGUCAUUUUGCUGCAGUUACUUAGCCCCCUAUUUUCGAGUAAUUUAGCAUGCUUCUUACAUGAUAUUCCUUGUUCUAUAAGCCAUAAAGCAAAGCAAGCGCACUUCAAAUGUAAUAUUCCUCAUUCUUUAAGCCGUAAACAAAAACAUGCAUGCUUCAAAUAUAAUAUUCCUCGUUCUAGAAUAGGGGGCUAAGUAACCGGGGUGAAAUGACGUGGGGGCGAGAUGACGAGUAACCACCCGGGGGGGGAUAUGGACCAUGGGAACUGUGUUGGGCUAAAAUGUAACCUUGAAAGAGCUGAACACACCAGAGUAAAGUUCAUGCUUUAUCAUUUAACAGUCUGUUGAAGUAUUGGCAUCCAGCUAGCAGGACCUUUCUUUUGCUUGCUUGAUUUUGACAUACCCCGGGAAGACUGCAUGGUUCAACUAAGGCCUGGUUCAGACACUGUACUUUUCAUGUGCUGAACCUACAAUGUAAUUGAAUAAGUUCGACUUUGGAGCUACACUGGCACAACAUCUGAUUCAGAUGGCAUUCCAUGUGUCAAGCCUAAGUUAAGUUCGACAGAUUCUGUCAAACUUAAUGCUUUUGCCACACCAUACUAAAACUGCACUACCAAAUUGAUUCAGAUGCUGCUUUUCUGCCAUACUUAAUUCAUCAGUUAGGUUCGGCACAUGAGUGGAGCGGCGUCUGAACCGGGCCUAAGGUCCUUCAAACCCAGGCCUUUUAGCUGUGUGCUUGGAAUAGCCGGCUCAGUUAUGAUAAUUGGCUUAUCAGUAAACAGAUGCUCGCACUGAAAAACACUAGUUUGAUAAGAGAAAACUAGACUGAUUAUUAGAAGUUUUAGCUGUGGUGACUUGAAAGUAUUGACCCAACUCAGGCACUGCCUCCUUUUCUCAUUCUUGAUCAAAAAGAAGACAAAAGUUAACGAGGCCUUGCUUGAGGGGUGAAGGAUUGAGUUAAACUCAUGACCAAUGGCCCAGUUAGUGUAUUUGAACGAAAGAAAUUAUUUACGUCUGAAUUUAGUGCAGUUACCUUAGGAUUGGUCUGUUACACUAUUACGGUCAGUACUUUACCCUUUGAGCCACAAUAUCUGCACACAAAUGCUUCAGACUGAUCUCCAUCCACUUCCUGAAAAGAAAUGGUUGACAGAAUUUGUUUCCAAGAGUAACCACUGGGCUCAUAAGUAACGGGCUCCCUUGAUUUUUAUUUUUAGUGAAUUACCAAUACAUUAGAACAAAUGGCAGAGCUUCUUGACAUUCACCUAAGAAUAUUCCAUAGCAUUUACACAAAGACCACAUCUUACCAUGCAAGUGUAUAUAGUUGGUUUUGGUCCAAACUUGGAGCUACCUUUUUGUGACCUGUAGAUAUCCAGGCAGUUAAUAAAGUAAGCCUUGUAAAACAAUAAGUCUUAAUGAACCUAAAGUUUCUUUAUUUUUUUUACUUUAGUAUCCUGUUCGUCCAGCAACCAUGACUUAUGAUAAUGUUCCACAUAUUGGAGCCCGAAUCAAACCUGAACAGCAAAAGGUAUUAUACCUUGAUGUAGUUCUGUCAAAAUGUGUUGGUGAUGGCUACAAUUAGCAGCAAAAUUGUUGAGACACUGUCUUCAUGUGGUAAAACUUUGGAGAACAAAUCAAUCCACAUCCCUCCCCCUCCCAUCCAUUCAAAGUAGAGGUGUUUGUUGUUUCUUAUAAAAUACAGUGUAGCUACAUGUACAACAUUGAAUGGAAGGAGUUGGGAAGGGAUAGCUUCAUUUUUUCCUUUUGAAGCCAGCAGACCUCUGAAAUGUCCUUUAGGGCAAAUUGUCUCAACCAAUUUUGUCCCUGAUUGUCGUGUGGGAUUUUACUUUUUUCCAACGAUAAUCAAUUUAACAUUUUCCCCAAUCAAUAAUUAUCACAUUGCUUAAAAAUUUGGAUUGAUGAUCCAUUAGAAUUGAUGAUCGGAACAGUGAUUUUGUUACCUGCCGUGGGCAUCCUGCAUCCCUGAUGCCUAAAAAUCCCCAAAGGUGCAAAAUUAUUCAUGGCAUGCGUCCUGUAUGAUACAAAGAUCGAUAGAUUGAUCUGAACAUCUGUAUUUGUAGAGAUAUCCGGCCCGUUCGCAUAAUUUCUGUGGCAGUUAUUAUGGCUGUUGUUUAACAACGUAUAUUUCCUUUAUCCUUUGUUGUGCUUUAAAAUAGAGGGACUGUAUUUUAAUUUCAGUAUACUGUAAUACGCAGUUUUGGAGUCGGUCUUCAGAUUAACUGUCUGGUUACAUAAAGGCCUAAGCAUUUUUAAUUUCAGACUCUUUUUUUUUACUGGGACUCAUUGGUUGUGGACUGGGAUGCAUGUUUUUUCACAAGAUGAGUUGCAGGACUUACCACAACUAUUUGUAACAAUAUCACUAUUGGAACAUCACUACUGUUAAUUACAUGUGAAGUAGAAGAAUAACUAAGCAUGGUUUUGUGCAACUUGCUUGUUUAAACCAAAUCAAGCAGUAUACUUCCCAAAGGAGCAGCUAAUAAUCACAACGUAGAAAAGGGCAGGAUGAUGUAGAGACUUUUUAAAGCUCAAUGAUACAGUGUAUUUGGUCAUUUUUUUAAUAAAGGACCAUUACUGGAAAUAUUAACCUUUUUGUGGUCUUAUCAGCUUGGUCAGUAAUAUUAAUUUGACCUACAAAGAAGCAGGCAAUUAUCAUAAUAAGGGCAGGAUGAUGUAGAGACCGUUCAAAGCUUACAUGUAGUGAUAUUUGGUCAUUUUUUGCAAUGAAGGACUAUCACUUGAAAUGUUAACUUUUUGUGGUCUUAUAAGCUAGGUUAAUAAUUUUUCAGUUAUUAUCACUUUUGUAGGUUGAAGUUGAACUUGCAAUAAACACAAGUGGUGCCAACUAUUACGGACCAAGAGGAGAACAAAUUGCUCACGAUGUUGAUGGCCUUAGCUCAUCAUCCACUUCUGAAGAGAAAAGUUCCUUUUUUACAAGGUACUGUACAGAACUUCAUUGGCUUAGCUACGUGUAAAUGCUUGCAACUCCGGUUUCCUUUGUCCUUUGCCUGUGCUAUAAACAGGGCUUCUGAUAUUUCGCGGGAUUUUCAGGGGCAAAUUUGCGGAAAAAUCGGCCGAUUUCGCACGAAAAGAGUCAAAAUUCACAGAAAAAUCGGCCAAUUUCGCGGGAUUUUCGCUGGAGAAAAGUCAAAUUUCGAAGAAAAAUUGGCCGAUUUCGUAGGAAAUUUCAGGGAGGAACUUCGCUAAGAAACAAUCAGUAAAAAACAGCCAAUUGCGCUGGAUUGUUUUGGGCAAAUUUCGCUAAAAUCGAUCAAUUUUGCGUCGACAUGACCAGCGUUGUUUAACGUUUUUUUUAUCAGUGAUAAUUAUUUGCUCUUUCAACAAAAGUUUGCUCGAGAAAUGAGCGAAUGCUAAAGCUAUUAACAUUAUGGUUAGUGCCCAGUUUUUCGCAACGUUCAUCUAAAAACGCCUGGUAGUUUUGGGACGUUGUUUACUCGUUGCAGUGACGAAAUUUCAAGAUAAAUUUGGAUGUUUGGGGUGAAUAAAACAGGUCUCAUGGCCAAGAUAAGUAUUAAAUAUGUUUUGCUGACAUGUAUUUGGAAAUAUUUCUGGUGGAUUUCGCAGUAUUUCGCGUUUUUUGGGGAAUUUCGCGGAAAUACCUGAAUUUCGUGGGUCUGCGACCGCGCAAAAUAUCAGAAGCCCCGUAUAAAACAAAGGAUACCAUCUCUGAAAUGAGAAGAGGGGCUUGACCUGCUAGUAGAUAAAAAUUUUCUGCUGAGAUUGUAUGACCACUAGGGUAUGUGAUCCUCACAGUCAGUUGCCAGUGAAGACCUUGUAGAAAUUUGGUCUUAAAUAAUAACUAUACAGUUUCAAUAGCAUAAUUAUCACUCUUAACAUGACUAAAAUUUACAUGCAUUUGUCAAAAAUUGUCAAAAGUUUUGUUUUUUAUCAUAGUGAUAAGAUGGACAAGCAAGUUCUUACAUCAUCUCUGGCCACUGAGGAUGCCAAUCGUUAUGCUGUUGGUGUUCUAAGACAAGGUAGGAUAACAGUAACUGUUGUUCUAUGUGAAAAAUAAAUAAGUGCAACUUACAGUAGACUGGGUCACUAAUUUUCUGUUAAACACUUCCGGUUAGCCAAGUAUAUUUAAUUACUAAAUUAAUGAUUAUUUAUUGUUAUUUAUAAUUAUUAAUUUUUAUCAACUGAUUUUUUUGUGGGCAGCAAGAGAAGGAAGCCACAUAAUAUGUAGCCAGUCUCAUUUGGACUUCCACUAAGAAUGAAUGGCACAGAUAGAACUCAAUCUUAUCAUGCACAUUUGUACCUUCUAUUUCUCGUAAUCUGAUCAUGCUUGUUGUGACCCUCUAUCACAUAAAAAGCACAGCAUUGGAGCAAAAGAGUUUUGACCCUGGUUCAUUGUCGCCCGCAGUCUAUAACCUUCAGUUAUUACUACUGCAGUUAUCAUUUAUUUUGUUUAUCAUCCAAGUGAACCUCCUUAGCAGUAGUUCUCCAUGGUAGUGUUUGUUAACUUAGCAGGGUGUUCAUUAGCCAGAUCGGAGAACUACACAAAAGUCUCCAGCUAACGUUCGGUAGCCUAUGACUAUUUUUAUUCAGAUGUGGAGCCUUUUUCAAGAUAUUCCCCUGUAACGUUACACGUUUCUCCUGUUACUAGAAUUCUUAAUGAAAACCCUGCUUAGUCAUGUUUUCGUUUUUUAGGAGAGCUUCAUCUAACACCCAUAUGUGGUGCACUUCAACUCAGACCCAGUUUUGAGUAUCUCAACAAAGGCGAGUCAAAUGUACGGCAGAACACCAGCCUUACAGAAGAAGGUAUGCAUUACAAGAUUAAAUGUUACGCAAUGUUUUCGUGAUAACAGUUGCCAUGUAGAAACUGGAAUCACUUUACGACCAUUUUAUAACCAGGUCUGUAAGUAAUUAAAAAACUGAAGGCCAGGUGCAAAAUACUGUAUACCGGUAACUCAUUUUUUGAACAACUAAAGUUUAUUAAUCUCUAGCCAUCGCAUGUCUUUAUUAUUAGUUUGUUAGUCUCUAGUCGAAAGAAUGUUGUGGAAAAUGGGGUUAAUAACCCCCUUAUUCUCCAAAGUGCUCCCCAUCUUGGGACCAGGGACUUCCUCUGGUUACUAUUAGGAUGACCUCUGGCUUCCUUCAUGCAUGCAAAAAAAAGAGAACAUCUUAAUCCAUCUGCUAAUUACAUAUACCCAGCAACUUUAAAUCUUGGCGCGGUGUUAGCCCUGUUUAUAGUUGGUGAUUGUAUUGGAAAAUAACAGACUUUUAAGUACUAUCUUGAGUAAUUUUUUGUUGUUUUUGUCUAUAAAUUAUCAACAGGUGAUUCACAAGAUGAGGAAGAUGAAGCCAAACCUUUAACAGUAUGUUUAGUUAACUACUCUUCAAUGCUCUAGUUUUGAUUUUCUUGUUUUCAAAUAACAGCUGAGUGAAUAACCACUCUAAGUUUAGAGCAUCCAUUUUGAGGGAUGUUCUCUAGCCACAGUAGCCUGAGAAAACAGCUGACACGUGCCACAUAGGGAAUUUCCUCCAGCUAAUUGGAAGCACUACCCAGAUUUGAGUAGGGACACAUCAUCAGUAUGGAAUUCUGUGCUCAUUUCUCAGACAUCAUUUCAUGGAGAAACCAGUCUUGGCAUCGCGAAAUGAUGGCUGUUUGGUCUCAGUUUUAGCUGCAGUGCCCAUUGGCGUGUGGUGCUGUUCUUCUGCUUGUGGGUGACAAGAAAAUCUUAAGUUUUUCUGGGCACCUUGAAUUUCAUAGCUUCAGAGCACUUGACUUCCUUCAUUUUCUUCUUGAGCACAGCCUUGUCUUUGAAUUAACUGAAGACUGCAUACAAAAUAUUUUGGAAAUUGAAUUAGAUUUCAACAUGCCUGUAGUAAGCCAGUUACUUGUAUGUUAAGGGCUCGAUAAAAACUUGAGUUCCAGCUUGUCCUUUGGGUUAGCCGCUCUAAGAUUUUGCUUGCCAAAGGCCACUUCUUGCUCAUCUCAAUUAAUGAUUAUGUUAGCAGAUGACUUGCCUGGCGUACCCUUGCCCAUUGGGCAAGUAAGCUUUAAAGGUUACUUGCCCAGCAAGAAAUCUUUUCGUCCUGGACUACUGGACAGUACCUUUUCGAGCUCUGUAUGUUGCUCUUUACUGUUCAUUUUGUUAAGUAAUAAUAACUCCUUUAUUUACCCUCAACAGUAUUUAUAGCACUUAUGCUAGUGAGGCUGAGCAAAUGACUGAAACAAAUAAUUCAAAUCAAACAUAACAGGGUUAAGAAUCCCAACCAGCUGGAGGCAAACCAGCUGGCUAUGUACAAUAGUUAAGUGUGACUCUGUAGACAGUCACGAAGGUUAAUUAUUUAUGGUGCAAAUCUGAACUCAGCACAACAUCAAGUGGUUUUCCAAGACUUUAAUAGGAAAAGAACAAAUUAGUGAAGAUUAAGACUAAGAGCUUUUUUCUUUAGGUCAAAUUUGCCCGCCCUGAAACAGAUCGGGCAAAAGCUCAACGUUUGUCGUCUUUCAAAUACCUGGAAAAGAAAAAAGCAGAGGAGCCGUGGAGAAAAGUUCAAUUUUAUAAUCCACAGGUAUGUGCUGUAUUGUAAUCCUGGAAAAUCAUAAAUGCUCCUCAAUAGCAUGCAAAACUAAUUGAUAACAUAACUGCCAAAGUUUGGCCUCAAACAUAGCAUCAUGUAUUUUAGUAAGGUAACACUUUUCUAGGUGAAGUCAUUAGCUGAGGGGAGGUCCAAAAAGCUGAGCAGAUAGCCAACCAAGAAAGCUUUUUCUGAGCUAUCUAUAAGUCAAGAGUAUUGCUUAAUAUCCCUUUGAUUAUUUAUACAAGCUAGUAAAAAGGGUUUUUUUUUUCAUUGGUCCUGGAUUAAUUUUGUAAUGUAUGCCAUACUGUCCAGUUUUUUUGUUUGCUGGUACCAUGUUUGUCACUGAAAUGUUCAUUGCACUGUGUAUUAUUUUUGCAUCAAUGGACUUCAAAACAACUUUCUUUUGCUUCUCUACUGCCAAAAUUUCCUUUUAUAGAGAAGUAAUUUGUUAAAAAUUAUCUGCUCCAAAUCUUUUGAACAGAGUGUACUACAUAUGUUGUUACAACCACACACAAAUCAAUUUCUGCUCAUACACCUUAUUCUCGCAACCAAGGCAAAGAGGGCUAAUUAAUACACAUGUAAAUGUGAUAGGAAAGUAGUAUUGCUGGCAAUUAGGAUUAUGGUGUAUGUACUGUGGUGAAUUUUUUUUGAUAAUUAUUAUAAUUUUUUAAACCUCAAGGAUCACGAGGCUGCAAGUGAGCAUAGCCUACUUUUCUGCCAAAAUAUGGAGUCUUAUUCACCUGAGUUCCAAGUGAAUGCAAGGUACACUUUCAAAUGUACUUUAUUUGUUAUGUACAUCAGUAAAAUGGCAGCAGAAACUCGUAAGGGGUCGAAAUGUGUAACUUUCAUUCAAUGCUCGUGAAUUUUCAUUUUCUAAGUACCAUAUUUGGAAAUCCUCGCUAUGGCCUCAAAAAAGCAAUAGUUUAACAACAACUUUGCACGUGCAUCACGCUUUUUUGUUUUUGUUCUUUAGAUGACACUGCACAACUACGACAUGAAAAUGCCUAAUUUCACAUUUUACAUAGGACGGCCGCAUAGGGGCAAAACACAGGACAAUGACCUUGUUUUCCCUUUCCUGAAUUUUGAUACAGUCCUUUAGAACUCAACUCCAGAAAAAUUCGCUAACAUUUGAUGAUUUGAACGAGGUGGAAUAAAUGUGGUGAAGUUUAAAGCAGUGCUAAUGUACUUUUGAAGUGACGUUAUCAUAGCCGUCGCCAUCAUUGUAUCUCUCAAUUUUUUGAGUGGGUGCGGGAACGUGAAGCAAGAUUACAUCACGUCAGUUAUCUUUUCUUCUUGUUCCAACUAUGGUACAGCUGUACUGUGUACAUGCAAAAAUGAAUGUUCACAAGCAUCGGACAAAGCAAACAUAUGAGAGUUACAUGUUUCAACCCCUCAUGAGUUUCUGACAGCUACGUGUAAUAGCUGGUGUGGACCCACCAAUGAAAGUAUAGUUGCAAAAAUGAAUAAAUGAAAUUCAGUCGACUCCUGACAACUCAAACCUUCAAGGGAAAUAAAAAAAAAGUUCGAGUUAUCGGGAGCUCGAAGCAAAUAGCUGGAAGUUAGGGAAAAACCAGUUUUUACUGUACAGUGAACAUUUUAAUCACUUUUAACUGUAGAAAUAUUAAGUGAAAAUUGAAAGAUACUUCUAGAUUAUGAAUCAGAAUGUAACGUAACAAACAUAGCCUAAAAAUAGAGCAUGCAUUUACCGUUUGAGUAGUAAAGCUGUUUCACGUUAGAUUUGUGACAAAAAACAUCUGCUUCCAUUUGUAAACUAUGUGCCUACAACACGUCAAUGGGAAAUUCAAAAUCAAUGUUUCGGACGACACACUGUUUUUUUCCCGACUUUGGAAGUGCUCAAAACAUGGUUCAAGUUAUCGCGGGUAAAAUUAUUUGGAAAUGAUCUGAGGGGAAACAAAAAUUCCUUCGAGUUAGCAGGAGGUUCGAGUUAUCAAGGGUUAGAGUUAGAGUUUUUCCAGAGGAAAUUGAUUUUGGUUCGAGGUUAGCGCAAGGUUUGAGUUAGCAAGGGUUCAUGUUAUCAGGAGUCAUCUGUAUGUACAAAGCAAUAACAGUAUAAAAGAAAUAAAAGCAUGAUAUGAAGUAGCCAGCUAUAUUGAAUUCCUGUGAAAAACCUGGUAAGCUGUUGAAUGAUCUUUGACCUGACAAAGAGUUCUUUAUUUUAGCGAUUACUUGAAGGUAUUGACACCCUCUACUAGUCAAGAAGAAAGGUAAAAAUAAGUUUUUCUCUUGAAUUCUACUUUUAAGUCAGAAGCAUUAACAAGGUAGCAUGCCGUUCUUUGUAUCCUGGGGUUUAAGAAUUUUUGGCUUUGUGGGUGAGGGAUUUGCCCCUCUAUGACCAAAACCCUGGUUUUUUACUACCUCUUGAUGGCUCCAGUUUGCAUAUGUUCAUGUUGUGUUUUUAUUUAUGUUGUGCAUAAUGCUCAGCUGAUUUUGUUUAGGUUAUGUACAAGAUUAUUGUUUGUACUGUGAAGGAUUACAUUUUUUUUUGAAAAUGUUUUAGGCAUUGUACAUAUGUACAAAUACCUAUGAAUAGUUGCCGCUCUCUAUAAAUAUUAUAUAUUCCAUAUAAGUGGGUUAAAAUCUUUACUGCAGUCUCAUUGUCUGCUAUGAUCUUGUUGUCCUUACAAUGCUGACAUUGACAUUCACACUGAAAUAACUCACCUUUGUGCCUAAUUUUUGCUAGUUUUACAACUUUGUUGCUAUCAUAAAUUUUUCCAACAGCUCCGAACCCCGUUUACCAAGCAAUGUUUUGUCAAUGACACAACUUAAAACUAUGGAUUUACCUGAUCAAGUCAAAGCCCUUCUUAUUAACGGUGAGGUUAUUUGAAACAGUACAGUGUUAAGUCAUUGCCUUUUUUAGAUCUGCCUUCAUGUAUUUGAAACACCCUGUACAUGGCUAAUCAGGAUAGUAGUAUAGGCAGACUGCACCUUUUUUAAUACUCAUGUAGAUUAAAUGGCAUCUGAUAAAGUAAUUGACUCUCCCCAGUCAAAGCACAAUAAAGUGGAGGAAGAUUGUUGGUGUUGCACACGUGUGUCACCUCAAAAAAACUACAGCUUGUUUGCUUAUUGACCAGUCUCUUCUGUCAUAUCAUUUUCUUGGUGGACAAGAAGUGAAUAUUAUUUUGCUACAAUGUUGUCUCUCUCCACCAAGCCUAUUGUUGUUCAAAAGGAAGUUAACACUACCCACCUGAUAAAAAUAAUAACUAUUCAACAGACAAGUUUUGUCACAACACAUCACAUGAUUUAUCUUUGUGGUUAAAACAUAUUAAUAAACUCUGUUAGUCCAGUUAAAAUGAUGCUCAGUCACUUACAAGUCAACCUUUUUUUUCAGUUCAGCUUAGAUAACUCAUUUCUAGUUAAGGAAACAAAAAGAUUUAUUAUAUUGACUUAUUGAUUGGUGGAUGGAUUUUACAUUCUGUAGCUAAAGUAAUCAGCUUCUCUCAGCUCUGUCGAUUGCUGUCUCCAGCUCGAACACUGUCUCAAGCAGCCAAGGAGGUUGUAGUGCUGAAAUGUGUUCAACAGUAUGCUGUUCUCGUACAGGGCUGUUGGGUGGUUAAAAGGUAAAAUUAAACAUUAACAAUUGAAACUAAAGUUACUAAUUGAAAGGUGUAUGGUAUUGUUGAUAUUACAAAAACCAAAUCUGUCAACCAGCUCUUUGAAUCUUCAAACUAACUGCAUAAUUAUGGUGACCAGGGUUUGCAUAGUCUUGAAAAGUCCUUGAAUUUUCAUUCAACUUUGAAUGUGGUACAGCAAAGUACGAGUGCAAGUACAGCACAACUUGUUAAAACUCUCAGUAGUACUUCAUGUCAAAACAUAUAAUAAUGUAUCAUAUGUAUAAAAUUAUAUCUGAGCUGACGUAAUUCUGGAUUUCUCCUAAAGUGAGUUAUUGUAUCCUGAGGGAAGCAUUAGUCCUAACAGUGGAAUACCUGCAGAUAUUCUAUGCAGAGGAAGAGAUUAUAUAGUGAGUAACCAGCUCUUUCAACCUUCAAACUAACAGCAUAAUUAUAGUGACCGGGGUUCGCUCAGUCUCUGUGUUUAAAGAUAAUUAUCAGAUGCAAAGUUAACUACUCAAAGCAUGCAGUUUUCAAGCACUCUAGUCUAGAAUGGGGUUGCAAAAAUAAUCCAGCUAAACAUGGUCUGCUGUAAGUUAAAUAUGGUUUUAACAGAAGUAAUUGAAUUUGAUUUAAAAUAAUUAUGAUGUGCCAUUAUAAAUUAGUCCAUUGGCUCUUUCCUUAAUCUUGUCAGCUUUUAUUUUUUUUUUACCCUGCCAUAACAUGAAGUAAGGUUUCUGGGUACGAAAAAAAAAAUCCUGAAUUGUAAAUUCUUUGUAGAUGUGGAGAUUUAACCAGAGUAGAGUAGUUGUUCGGCAAGACAUAAAGACAGUCACCAAGGUAAGACAUGUAAAGAUACUAUAACCCCAUCAUACCCAUCAGUAUUACUUUGAAAGACCAAAUGAUGUACACUGUCUCUGUGUCGUCAAAAGAAACAGUAAUGUAAUGGUUCAGUGUUGGUAGCAAUACAAAAAAAGUUAUUCUGUAACACUGCAACUAUGUUAUUGAUGCAUAUCUUGGCUUAAGAAGGCCAAGAUGUAAAUGGAUUGCCUCUUGAAAAAUUUUUAGAUCUCGUCAUGAACAAUUAAAUGUUUGAAUAAUUUGUUGCUUGUUUAAGCAUUUUACUGCUAUAUUUUAAUGAUUCAAUUCUUCAAUUUGUCUGUAAUCUCUAUCAACAAUAAAUAAGUCUUAACAUGGUAGACUAAACAUUAAAUCAUACCUUUUCCAGCUGAGAGGUUACUCUAUAAAAAUGUAUUAAUUUUUUGUCUUUUAUUUUGGUUAGCUACCAUCUGAGGACAUCAAGGAAAUGUUAGAUCAGGUUUGUAGAAAGACUUUUAAUCGAUUUAAAAACACACACACACAUUAGCUAUGAUGGAUGUUAUUGAAACUUUGUUGAUUGAUUUUUCUAUUGUUAUUGUGAUUUAGAUGGCUCGAAUGAGAAUUGCAGUGGGUUGGGAGUUUGUGCUACCUCAUGACGUGGAGUUUAUACAAAAGUAAGUCAUCAUUGUGCUAUCCAUUACUACAUACAAAGCUGGUUGUUACUGUUGAACUAUAAACAUUGUCGAGAGUUACUUUCCCAAGCGUUUGUGCCAGUCAUUUUUUGUUUAAACCUAUCACCAACAUUAUUUGUGGUGGAAAGGCGCCUGGGCAAAGUAAGGGAGCUACAAGGCAGCGUGGAAGGUAACUGUAAGUUACAACUAUGUGACGAACACUCUGCUGCAGAACAUUGACAAAGGACUAUUAGCUGGCAUAAUAUUCCUAGACCUUAGCAAAGCCUUUUACACGUGUAUCAUCAUGUUAGAUAAGUUAAAUUCACUCGGAAUGAGUCCCUCUGCUGUCCAGUGGUUUAGGUCCUAUUUAACCAUGCGCACCCAAAGUGUUUGCACCAAUGGGGUCUUGUCUGAACCUCAGCCGCUGCCUAUAUCUUCCGGGGUUCCCCAGGUUAGCGUACUUGGCCCUUUACUAUUUUAUCAAUAUAUAAAUAACUUGCCUCUGGUAGUUCAAGGAUGUAGCAUUGACUAGCUUUAUGCUGAUGAUACUCGUAUUUAUUAUCUAAUCAAGUCUGUCAGUGAAAUUCAAACUCAGUUAACUAGUGGCCUAACUAAUGUCCUUGGCUGGCUUCACACCAAUUUUUUAAUGCAAUCUCGAGAAAACUAACAUUAUACUUGUUGGUGCUCACCAGAGACCCACAGCAGCUGAAAUCUUUUAGAAUAAUGCAGUUUUUUAAAUGUUUUAAUGUCUUUGUUUUGUUUGUGUCAGGGUUCCAUUUAAACUAGGUCUGCUAACUUGGAUGCUCCUGGAUAAAUAUUGAUUUCAAUAAAUAAGUAAAUAAAAAUAAACCCUGUGAGCGGCAACCACCAGGCACUGUUGCACUUAAAACUUCAGCCAAGAGUUUUGUAGAUUUCUUAUUGGUACUUAAUUUUCCAGUUUUGGAAUGACAGCUUUUUGCAGGGGGUUUAUUUUUGCAAUUCAAGUAGGGGCAUUAAAGGGGCAUUAAAUUUCGAGAUUCAAUAAAUUAUUAUUGUUCUCAACUUUAAAACUUCCUAGAUAAACUGGAACAAAAAAAAUGCAUAUUUCUUUGUUUUGUUCUUUUUUGUAUGAAUCUAGCGAUUCAGAUAAAGAUGAUAGCUAGAUUAUGUACUCCAUAUGUGAAAUCAGCAUUCUUUGCAAAUUCUGGGUAUUAAAUUUUGCGUGUUUAAAUUUCACAAGGAUUUUUAUUCCCAGGUCUUUAAUUUAGCGAUUUUUUUUUUACAAUUGUGAAAAACACAAAAUUAAGUACCACAAGGUACUUACCAAGACAUGUCCAGAGUGAUAGAGCACUUGGAGCAAAAUGACUGAAGUAAAUGCCUGCAAAAGGUAACGUGUGCAAAAAGAAUUGACCUCACUAAAAUCACUGUAAACUUACUGAGGUUCUGCAAAUGUCCUGAGACUGUCUUGCAUACAUGUCUUAUAAGAGUUUAAGACUGCUGGCCAGCUUUGUCUUUUGUUUAACCUCUCCUAAAUUACAUUUAGCCACAUGAUAUAAAAAAUGUAGCAUUUUGAUGUGAAGGGGGAUAGAUCCGGGAUACUCUUCUUCCCUGGAAUAAAUAUGAAGUGAAGGGAUUUUUUGUUUUAUUUUUUGGUUUCAACAGACAUCCAGAUGUAUAUAAACAACAGCUUACCUUAUGGGAAGCCAAAUGCCAAGCGUAAGAAUUACUAAUUUUGUUUUCAGAAUUUAGUUAUUGAUGUUACUAUGUGAUGGACAUUACAGGAAAUUACAGGAAUAUAAUAACAUAACAAGGUUGUGUUUUGAAGAGGCAUCUGGCCUUGCAUCAGUUCUUAGUGCAUUUUGGUUUUUUACAGUCAACAGUGUUCGCCCAGUCUUGAAAAGUCCUUAAAUUUAGGGAAAGUCCUUGAAUUGACAAUUCCAUUUUUCGUUGAAAAGUCCUUACAUUUCUGUAAAAGUCCUUGAAAAGUACUUGAAUUUUCUUCAACUUUCAGCGUAGUGGCUUAGUGCUUUUUAAAAUGCUUUUUGGUUGUCCAAAACAGAAUAUAAAUCAUAACUAAGAGAAGUUAAGGGUGAUUUACAUAACGCGUUUUUUGUUUUAGUCAAGAAUUAACUAUCAUGAAUUUAAGACAAGUGUACUGAAAAAUGUAGAGAAAUUGGUUAAGCAAACAGUUCAAGCCUUAAAGUCUUGUUAGAAUGGACUAGGAAUAGGCAUUUCUGUACAAUCUGUAAAAUUACCGUCCUGGUAGGUGGUGAUUGAAAAUCUAAUGUGGUCCUUGAAAAGUCCUUAAAAAAAUGGUUGCAAUUUUUUGUAUAAAUCCUGGUCAAACCUCUGUUUAGUGCUCACCGACAUGAAGAGGUUCUGUUUAAAUAGAGGCUCAACCGUAUUUUGUGAGAAUUUGUAACGUACAUGUUUCAUUCACUUAGUUCGACAUGAGACCUGUAAAUGUUGAAACGUUUUGUUUGUUGGGAUGUGAAAUUUUAUCGUUCUUUUUUCCCAUAGGCUUCAAAAACAGCUUAAUUUCCCAAAGCAUGAAAAGAUAGGAGACAUCAAACGGAUAAACAGUUGUAAGUGUUAAUUUGAAUCCUGGUCAAGUUCUGUACAGUACAGUCGAAUGUGUCUGGUCUUAUAAUGUGGUGCUUGUUAGACGGGUUUCUAAUUAAAUUUUACAAUAACUUGGCGAUUUCUCACGCGCUGAUUGCUGGAGAGCUUCGGUCAACAAGAGUACAGACCAUAGAAAUGAUAUUAUGUUGACGCGUUUUUUUUUUUUCUCGUUCUUGAGCUCACAAAUUUCCCAGAAACUUUAACGGAAAUCGACACCAAGCACCGUCAAUGUCAAAACAAAUCAACGACAAUUAAUUUUCCAUAGUCUAUGCCCUUACAGACCAUAGAAAUGAUGUCAAAAUGUUCAAAACUUGGCAGUGAGACCCGUGGUGUUCGACCUUAGUUUUGAGCAUUGUGGUUAGUGUCGGGGCAUUUUUUGUAAAUUUCUUAAUGCACAGUACUAAGGGAUACCUGAAUGGGCAAAUACAGUGACUUUCCAUCCCAAACACCCUAAGUGAGACCAAAAUCUGCAAUUUACACCCCAAAGCGAGACGACAAGCAACCCGGUCACUUCGAUAUGGGAGUCCCCAAGGGUGGUUGUGGAAAUGCAACCGCAUACAACAUCUUGCACAGCUAUCUUGUAAGUUAAAUAGGCGAGGUCAUAUUAUAUUAAGGUUUCCCGUUAUGACCUACGUGGUAGCUCCCCACCUCCAGAUUGGAGAGUUUUCUCUCAGGACAAUUUUUCCUUUCCGUUUCAGCUGAUCCUUCUACCAGCACAGAAAAUAAAAAACUUUCCAAGCCGUCGAAAUCUAAAGUGAAUCAUAUUAUGAACAAUGAUUUAACGAACGAAGGACCAAAUUCAGAGGAACAUUCUCCAAUGGAAGUAGACUGCAAAGAAGUGACUAGUAAUAAUGUUAAUCAUGCGAUCAAGAAAGAGCCCAUGCCAGUGGCUAAUGGAGAACAUUUUGCGGACGCAUUAAAAGUAUUACAGGAAUUUGUUCGAGAAAAAUUGCACCGAACUGUUCUAAGUUUUGCGGAAUUUAAAAAGCUUUUGCUUCUUCGGCAAACAGGUGAGUUGCGUGUGGUAAUUUUUCUAUUUUCUGAUUAGGUAAGUACUAUCCUUUAGCGUCGUCGCGCAACGCUCCUCCUCCGUGAACCAAAUACCUAUCCUCAUUCCAUUCCCUUCACUUCCUCACGAUUGCUAGAGUGAAUCUUGCUGCCAAAGAAUCCUAUGGUAUUUAGGUUGCCUUGAUUUUCUUCAAAUUUCAGAAAAUUCUUCUAUCUUGAAAGAUAUCUUAAUUCACGUUUAUUACGAGGUACCAAACCCAACAGCUACUGAACUGAAAAACAUUUUCGGGAUAGCGAUGACAGAAAUUCGGGAAUCGGGAUUCCCGUAAAAAAAGAGCGGGUAUGCGGGAUCAUGACUCCCUUUCCAGACCCUAUGCUUACUGUGGCUAUUUUCUUGUUAGCAAGCAGUCCUGGAGAUCCUCUGUGUGCUGGAGUACCUGAUGUUUUACUUGAGAAAGCGAUAAUCAAUGCUGGAGCGACAGAGAUUGACCUGAAGGUAGCGCAGAACGUUUUUAUGGAUAUUGUUCCCUUCUGAGAACUAGAAAAAAAAUUGUUAAAUAUAUUCAUUACUAUAAGAAAUGCAGGGUCACCUCUACAAACUUGUCACUUUGUAGUUGAGUGGUUCAUUACGGUCUGUCAAUAUGUUGACUUUUUAGGCUUCAAUCCAAGACAGCGUAUUUUUUCCUGAAAAUCGGUCGUUUCGAUACAAAGUUGUUUCUAUUCAAGUCUUUUCGAUACGAACUCAAGUGGUGAAAUUUUGAUCUUUUUAAGUAUAGUUUGCGCGUGAACAAACUUCAAUCAAAACAACUUUGUAUCCAAAUGACUGUAAACCACUUUUCUCUGUCCUGGCUAAAGCCCCGUGCAAACAGACGCAUCAUUGUUGGCCAACAACUCCCAUCAUUGUUGAUGUUACACGUUGUAUCCGUUUGCUUUCCCUGUUGCAUGUUGUUGCUUGUUGUUGGGAGUUGGUGCGCAAAGUUUGAAACCGGCCAAACUUCUAAGCCAGCAACUCCCAGCAUUUCUUUUGUUCCGUGAUCGCCGAAGCGUAGCGAGCGCAACAAUGUUGGAUCCAAUUGUACAGCACUUCCAACAUUGUUGGGGCCACGCACGCGCAUUAAAGGUGAUCUCCAAAGUCUUCUGGGUUGUACCCUUCCCAUGAUGCACUGCAGGUCCAAACGUUGUUGGGAGUUGUUGCAUCCGCCCUACAAUGGUGGGAGUUGUUGCCUCCCUUUGCACGUAGGUUAAUGGCUGCAUGUCGAAACGUUUGCAAAAGGGAGGCGCAAGUCGUAGUCAUCGUCUGUUGAUACUUGUAGAAAUGAACUGUACUUGGGCACCCACCAUGGUGCGUCUUAAAAGGGCAAAUUGAAAAUCAAGACACCUUUCUGAAAUCUCUACUAUGAGCUUAAAAGUUUUCUUUUAUUUUGUUUACUUCCUGCUUUGUAAAGAAUGGCUCGCAAAACUGGUGAUAAUUUUGUACAUUCCUUGGUCGAGCAUGAAGCGCGUCAAAGGAUGAUGCUUUAGUCACGUUUGGCGGUUGAAGAUCCACGCAAACCACGUACUUUGGCCCUAAAGACUUUUCACUGGUUCGCUUGAGAGUUGAUCUUUGUUCUUUCAUUGUUGAUUUACAGUGGCCACCAGCAGCUCUGAGUAUUGACACGCAGUCACGGAGAUUCUUUGCCUUCAGAAGCAUAGGAGAUUCGUCAGAUCAGGUGAAGAUGAUGAUUUAGGUUAUAUUUACACUAAACUGGAUAGCUGAACAGCAACAGCGUUCACACACAUCGAACUUCCUGCAGAAGCAGUUAUCCGAGAGGGUGUGGUGAACUAGAUCCCAGUUCUCACUCCUGUACAUUUACUUCCGUCUCGGCGGAUUCCAGCGCGUGCUCCUGUUUAUUCACUUCCGCUACUGUCCGAAUACCUUUUCACACUGUACCAAUGUGUAACAUAGCCUUUACCAGGCUCUCAGAUAGUAUAGUGGGGGUGUAAAUAAAACAAACAAAGCGAAAAUAAGACGCGCGCGACCUGUGAAAGGGGCCAUCUCCCGCGCGUUUUUCGCAUAACUUCUUACUGAAUGACUGCACCACUUGCACAUCUUGGAGCCUGGAACAGGCUAGGUGUGGCACAUAACCUAUCCAUCACUCUAAUAUCUGACGAUGCACUCUCAAGGUUGGCGCGGGUCAACUUCUCCCCGUCACAGAAAUCGCGCUAAAAACCACCGACCUUAUAUGUGAACAGAAGCCCUAUCUGGUAUGGUUUUUGUGCCGGCGUAAGAGCUAUGCGAUAUACUGCGACCAUAUCCUUAUGUUAGAUUCGUCUUGUUUCAUUGCAGUAAAAGAAAAAUACUAAUUUUCGCUUGUAAAAUACUAUUUAGUAAAAAUAACGGCACUUAAGAAAUGUAGAGUAGAAAAGCAGUCGUUUAAAUGGUAGUGUGUAAGUGUUUUAUGCACGUACUUGGUCGUUAGAGCUAUGGUGUACAGCGUAACAAAAAACACUGCCUACAAUAUAUAUAACUGCGAUGAUCUUCCUUCAAACAAUUCUUCACUCCGCAGUUCACAUAUAUGAUUUUCAUAGAUUCAUAAUUUCAAUAGUUAGACAGUCGUCAUCAUUAGGCUGUCUGGAAGCAUUUGGGUCUUUGAUUGGUCACUGGUUUCCAUAGGUUUGAUUCGGGUUUUUGAUUGGUCACUGGUUUCCAUAGGUACCGAUUAAUCAAUCACAGCUCACAGUGUUACCCAAACGAUCCCAGAAUGCACCAUGUAUCACCGUCUUAGCUGAAUUCUAACGUUUGUAUUUUUGCCAUCUGUGUUAGUAUCGAGCCGUGGUCCUGGAUAUGUUCAGCAAAUCUUGGUCAUUGACCAGAAAAGAGUUCAAUACCAAAGUAGCAGAACAAAACCUUCCCUCACCCAGCAGAAAGGACUGGAUGAUAGUCCAACAGGUUGAUAAAAUUUAUCUGUUUAAUCCGAACAUCAGCAUGUAUAUUCUCCACACUGUAUAAUAUUGAAUAAUAGGGAGCUCAAGCAAAGAUGUUUUUAAGACACGCAAGUCAACCGGAAGUGAGCCCUAAUUACCAAAUUUGUAAUUCUAGGUGUCUUAACUCUUUUAGAGACGAUUUGCCCAAAUAUUUGGGCAAAAGGGUUGUUAAAUGAUGUAGGAAGUCCACUUCCGGUUGACGUGCAUCGCUCAAAAACGUGUAAUAAUUUUUUGCAAGGAACCCACUUCACAAGAAGGUGUUCUUCAGCGGGACUCAGUUUUCACUUUCUUCCAUACAUUUCUUAUAGAACUGUUAGCGAGUGUUUGCUUAACAAUCAUGACAUUCCUUACUGAGGGGUUAUUUCCUACCCUCUCCUGACCUUUAUGUUUAAUGGAGGAGAACAAAAGAUGAAGGAGACAAGACCAACCGCUUAACCUCACUUCCCUGUGACCUGUGUGAACUUACCUUUUUUAAAGGCCCCGGUUGAUGUUCCGGGCCGGGUUGAGCCCAGGCCUCCUGCUUAGUAGACCAGUGUUACAGUGAUAUGGGUAUCUCUGCGUUUUGGGCAUCCCCUGUUCCAAAACCCUAGUGAUAUAUCACUCCUUGUGUAGUGCACACUGAUUUUGGAUUGCCUGUUUCAGGCGCUCAGAUAGUGGGGUGCGACGCGAAGUCAGAGAGCGGGAAAAAAUAAGGAAGAAGUGAGGGAGAGGGAAAGAGGAGAAAACCUCGUCCUCAACCAGCACCCCAGUAAGGAUCACGCCUGUUCCGGCCGUUCACUGAUUGUUGGGAAGGGGCACAUGCGAGCAGGAAAAAGAGCGAAACCCCCCUACCCCUCCCCUAAGACAACAUUAACACUUACUUCUCACUUAGGGUAAAAUGUUGGCUUGUAGAAGGAUUCGAUACGAGUAGAACUGAGAACACAACACUUUAAUCACUACGAGACAGUAAAUCUAUUCUGGUACAGAAGCUACGCAUGUGUUAUCCUCGGAGCGGUUCAGACCGGUUUUCUUUGUAUUAUCUACUUCAUAUAUGACAGCAUAAACUGUCCCACUACAGUCCACCCCUUCUUGGGUCAAAAAUUUGAAAACUUGUUAGCAAACAAACAAAACGAAAGUUCCUUCACGAGUCCACCCCUUCUUGGGGAGUUAACUGUUAAGUUCACGGAAUUGCUUUACAUUCAAAACAAGGAGGUAGGUGCCUCCAUGUGGUCCACCUUGUAAAGAUAAGUAGGGACACUGACUGACGAGUCCUUUAAGUUUGCCAUGUCGAUUAAGAAUGUCUCUAGCGUCCGGUAAGCUAUUAUAAACUGCUUUACAAGCCUCUGAAGCAUAACACUGGGCUUGUGGCAAUGAGCUGAGAUAUUUCGCAAAGGCGAAAGCGAUCUUUGCUAAAUCUGAACUACGAUUUACAGGCGAAGCUACAGUGCUUUUUGGUAAUGAAGACGCUACAGUUCCCCUAGUUUGUUCUUGCUCAGUAUCAUCACGGAUGUCUGCACGAGGAUCAGAAUCAGGAACUACCACAAUCUUUUCAAUGUUCACUGUUCUGAUUUCUUUACCAGUUGAGAGGUGCUGUAAACGUAGCAAAUCUUCACGACCGUGAACAUGGCCAGUGACAAGAUAGGGUCCAUCAUAUUUCCUAAGAAAACGAGUUGCUGCCCCUUUUGCAGUUGAGCUUGGAGGCGGCAGUCGUACAAAAACUCUCUUUCCUUCAGGCACAUGGAGAUCUCUAGAAUGCAUGUCAUAGUAUUCUCGCUGAGUUCUUUUGAGAUCUGCUUUAAUUUUGUCAAAUUGUUUCCGGGCUUCAAUGGAACGUUUGAUAAGUUCUUUAGCAUAUGAAGCUUGAGAAAGAGGUGAGGGUGGCAAUUCGAGGGUAAGUACCUCUGGAGAAAUGGGAUGUCUGCCAAACACCAGGAAGAACGGAGUUACUUGAUCUGUUCCAGGAAUUGGAGAGGUAUUGUGGGCGUAAGUAGCAGGUUGUAAGAAUUCCGCCCGCAACUGUUGGUUUUUCUCACAGUAAAUACCUAAAGCAGAAUUAAGCCAGCGGUGCACUCUUUCUGUAGAACCAUUAAGGCGAGGGCGAUAACUUGUGGUGAACACAUGUUCUAUAGAUAGCAAAUUGGUGAGUUCUUGGAGCACAGAAUUGACCCAUUCACCACCUUGAUCACUUUGGAGUACUGCGGGAAAGCCAUAUUCAAGGAACACAUGAUCAUACAGGGCGCGUGCUGCGGUGGUAGCUCGUUUGUCAGAGACAGGUAUAGCCCGUAGAAAGUUUGAGUAAGGGCAAACAGCUGUCAAGAUCCACUUGUUUCCAUUAGGCGAAACUGGGAGCUCACCAACAUAGUCUAUGCCUAAUGUAUGAAAUGGAUGUUCGUACAGGCGAACUUGCAUGGGACCAUGAUGUUGUUCAGCAGUUUUGAAACGGAUGCAGUCAGGGCAUCUGCGAAUCCAGUUUCUGACAUGUUUGGACAUGUUCCUCCAGUAAAAGUCAUUUGCCAGAGAUUGAUAUGUGGCCUCUCGGCCUCGGUGCAUUGCAACAGGAGAGUCAUGGUAGGCUCUUAACAAAUGUCUACGGAACUGGAUAUCAUCAGGAACUACAUAGCGGUAAUGAUUUGGAUUGUCCAUCAAUUCAUCACGGUACAUGAGGACGCCAUCUAUGAUGGCUGCACGUUUGGAGAAAUGACGAGCCCACUGCAAAUGUUUCUGUGGAAUACCUGGGAAUUUUACUUUCCCAUCUUUGGAAGAAAGAACUUUGAACACAAGUUUACACCAGUAAUCCUGUUGUUGUUGUAAUGCAAACUGAGAGCGAUGAAGGUUAAGUCCAGGUAAGGCAAGUAAAUAGUCCUCAGAUUGGGUAUCAAUUGGAGCUGUAACAGACGAGUCAGGAUCAGGUGCAGAAUCAACACUGACAGGAGCUACAAGGCAGAUGCGGCGAAGGUAAGCAAAAGUGCCGUUGAGCGUAUCAGAAACCAGUGUGGGACUAUGAUUGGGGAUGUCCAUAGAGACUGCAAGUAGGACAAAAGAAUUCACACCAUCUUCUGGAGCAUAAGGUUCUUCAAAUGAAGGUAAGUCUGACAUAGGCUGACGACUUAAGGUAUCAGGUACAGUGUUUGUGAUUCCUGGACGAUGUUCAAUGUAAAAAUCAAAUUCUGCCAUUGUCAUACACCACCGUGCUAGUUUAGCUUGCUGUGGGGCCAAGGAGGUAAGCCAUUUCAAAUUUGCGUGGUCUGUAAUGACUUUGACACGACGGCCAAGAAUGUAAGGACGGAAUUGUUCUAGACCCCACUUAACAGCAAACAGUUCUUGUUGCAACGUGUGCCAGCGGGAUUCAGCGGGAGUGAAGGCUCUUGAUGCAAAUCUGACAGGGCGGAGCUGGUUGUCUUUGUACUGUGCAAGCAUAGCACCACAACCUAGCUUGCUUGCAUCAACAUGAAGUUCAAAUGGAGAAGUCCAGUCUGGAUGAGAGAGUAAAACAUCAGGACCAGUAACUGCAUGUUUCAAGUCCUCGAAUUCCCUGGAGUGGUGUGUUGACCAAGAGAAGGGAGUAUCCUUUUUUAAGAGUUCACGCAAGUACCUGGUACGAGAAGGCAUGUUUGGAAUAUAAUCACGGAAGAAGUUACAGAGACCCAGAAAUCGUUUAAGGCUGGUUGUAUUAGAAGGCGGCUCCAUGCUAAGGAUGGCUUCAAUUCCCUUCGAGUUUGGUUUUCGCCCACGUUCAGUAAUAGUGUGUCCUAAAACUUGAAUCUCUUUAGCAAAGAAGGUACACUUUGAGGGCUUGAAUUGGAUGCCAAAGUUUACAGCUCUUUCAAACAGCAAUUCAUAAGAAUGUAGAGCUUCACGCUGUGUUUGUGCCCACAUGAUAAUGUCAUCAACAUAGACAGUCAGCCAUUGAUGUAAAUAAUCAGCAAAAACAGUAUUGAGAAUCCUCUGGAAAGUGUUAGGUGCAGUUUUUAAUCCGAAUGGUAGCCGUAAGAAUUCGUAAAGUCCAACAUGAGUACAGAAGGCACUUUUCUGACGAUCCUGCUGGCGUAGGGGAAUUUGCCAAUAUCCACUGGCGAGGUCACAGUGUCCAAACACUUUUCCUUGGGAAACUGAAUCAAGAAUGCUUGCAAUGGAGGGAAUGGGGUAGCCGUCACCCCGAGUUACACUGUUUAGGCCUCUGUAGUCCACAACAAAGCGUGGUGGUUGUUGAACACCAUUUUCCAGCGGUUUGCGGACAAGAAUACAAGGUGCCCCCCAUUCAGAUUUACUUGGUUGGAUAAUUUUCAUUUUAAGCAUGCGCUGUAACUCAUUCUUAAUAGCAAGUAACUCUUCCGGACUUUUGCGGUAAGGAUGUUUGUACACAGGCAAGGCAUCCUCAGUGUCAAUGUGAUGUUCAAAGCCUUGUAUCUGACCCAACGGAGAACCGGGGAGGACAAAAGCUGUAGGAUAUUUGCGUAUAAGCCGCUUAAAUGUUUGGAGGGCUUCUGCAUCAACAUGAGCAUAUUUCGGCGAGUCAAGAGCCAGAGCUUUAAGAAGAGUCUCAUAAUACUCCUCUGAACUAGGAUCCAGUGCAAGGGUCGCAGAAGGUGCAAAUUCAUGUUCAUGAAACUCAGAGAUUUUCUCGCUAAAUGGGGAAAGGAUUGACGAAUCAAGUCCGGCUGCAGCUAAUUCUCUGUUCUGUUCAGAAAUUUUCCAUGUUUGUGCUGAAGAAAUCUGAGUAGUGUUUGAGAUAGGAGGUGAAGUUGAUAAUAGUGACUGUCCGUUGACCCAACACAUCCAACUGUCUGCGAGAAUGGUAGCAGUGUUCUCAGCUGCCUCUUCAAAGUCUUUAGCGUCAGCAUUGCAUGACGGUCUAACAUGUCCAAGAACAAUGUUAAGAGGAAUGUCAGCUUGUUUCUGUUUGCAUUCAACUGCAAGAGUUGUGGUAAAAGCAGGUUCUAGAUCCGAGACAAUAUCCUGAGCAGCAAGAGGUUCCAGUGGAUCUGGAGGGAGAGUACAGAGUGAUGCAUGGCAAGAGGCAACAGGUCGGUGCUUAUCUGUGAUAGCAGACAUGUGAAAAGGACCACUUAGAACUUUAACACCAGGCUGAAUUUCCUGACCAUCAACCCACAAGUCUGACGGUGAAACAGCCAUCAAUGAUGUACCAAGGGUGAGACAAACAGAAACAAAGUUAAGUCCACGAUUUAGUUUGGAGCUUGUAAAAGGAAUACCAGGUGAUGGGGCUCCUGUGAGCAAACAAGUUACUCCGGCAUGGGUGUUGUCCCUUUGGUGUAAGCCACCUCUGAUUGGACUGUCAAGGGAGCAGGCAAUUUUGAAAGACAUGCUAGGAUGACGAAAGAGGAUACUGGGCUCACCAUGAUCCACCAAGGCUUGUGUAGAGUGCAAAUGGUUUUCUCCAAAUAGGAUAGGCCAGGACAAACGUGGAACUACAAGCAUCUGAAAGGUUGUUUCUCUACCAUUGCUCCACUGUAUGGGAAUUUCCAUAGUGCCAACAGCCUUUAACUGAGAAUUUGCAUCAGCAACAGAAACUGUAACAGGUGUUUCAAGUGACUGGUACUUUAAGUGUGGACAUUUGGAAGCAACAUAAUCAGCAUGAGAGCGACUGACAAGAGAAACUGAGCAACAACUGUCAAGAGGUAGUGGAAGUUUCUCCCCAGCAGAGAAAACAGGUGUCCAAAGGAUGUGACGUUCUUUGAGUUUUCCGGCAGUGUUUGUAACAGCUGGUAGGCCAAACACAACAUUUUCUUGAUUUUCGGUACUUGUUUUCUCAGCAGCUGGUUCGUUUGAGGUUGGUAGGCCUGUGGCUAAGGACUGCAUUCGCUGUUCCGUAUGACGAAUAGCUUUACAACCCCAUUUUUGACAUUCAGAACAUUUGUGAAGCCGGCCAGCUGAACACUUGUUAUUAGAUUGCUCACAAGUUGCUGAGAGGAACUUAUUAAAAUUUCUGCAGACCUCAGGCGAUUUCUUUUUUGGUGCUGCUGACCGUUGUGGGCAUUGAUGAGCUUUGUGUUGAUUAUUUCCGCAAAUCCAACACGAACUUUGCUUACUUUUGCUUCCAAAUUGACGUGAAGAUGAAAACAAGGCGGUUCGCUGAGGAACGCCAUUAAAAACUGUAGAUGGCGACGACGAAUCACUUGUUAAGGGCGAAGAAGACCCAUUACUUGCAGCAGCGAUGAAUGAAUGUUCGAUGCGACGAGCGGCUUCCAUAGCUUUAUCAAGUUGUGUCACCUGAUGAGCUUGUAAAACGAGGUGUUGGGUAAGAUGCGGUUGUAACUUGGAAAUAAACUGAGAAGUAACAUACGUGGGACAAGAUUUCGUCAGGCUUUCGCCCAGUUUAUCAAGUUGAUGAAGAGUGUUCUUGUAUUUGAAUGCAAAUUCAUCCACGCUCUCAGAGGGAUCUUGUUUCAUAGCACUUAAUUCAGCUGCCAAUCGGCGACAUUUUGCGUCCGGAGGUUCCUGGAAUUCAUCCCGUAAACUUGAGAUAAAAGAGUUCAAUUGUUCCUCGGCGGUUUUAUCAGAAAACCCUUCCGAGCCACGGCAGAAAGAUAACACUGAACGCGGCCACUCACCGACGACCUGUUGUUCCAGGAGCGACAAGCGAAUUUUGGCGGGAAGGUGAGAUGUUUGCUCUUGGAAACGCUCCAAAAAUUCGGCAAUAUCAUCUUGUGCGGUUUUAUCUUGGCGAAAUGUUGGUAGCUGUAAGGUCGGCAAUCGUAAGGUGGACAGAUGUUGAUUGUUAGAACCAGAAGUAGUAUCGGCUGAGUUCGCUUGGGAUGUUGAAGCUGUAGUGUGAGCUUGCAGCAGGGCAGAUUGUUGUUGGACGGUGUUAACUAAACCUUUGACAACUUCGCUGAGACCGGCAACGACGCCUUGAAGUUCUUCGAUAGUAGCAGGCAUUUGCACUUGAAAUGGAUUCUCCACCACUUUUGUAGAAGGAUUCGAUACGAGUAGAACUGAGAACACAACACUUUAAUCACUACGAGACAGUAAAUCUAUUCUGGUACAGAAGCUACGCAUGUGUUAUCCUCGGAGCGGUUCAGACCGGUUUUCUUUGUAUUAUCUACUUCAUAUAUGACAGCAUAAACUGUCCCACUACAGGCUUAGGGGGGGGGGGGGGGUAGGUGGGCAGUUUCCCUUGAACCUUAAUUGAUCCGAAAGUGUUGACAACUGUCGUACCGAUUUGUUUGUGGAACAAAAGUGUUCAGAUCUGGCCGUUUGGGUCAAAACGCCUCUAAAGACUAUCUAAGAAGCCUUAGUGACCGUUAAAGUUUAGAUUUGUCAUGUUUAGCCGUAAAUAAGGCUACAAGGAACAGAUCUUAAAAUUUGUUUUGUUACUCUUUCCUUAGGAUCUUCUUGAGCGUUAUGGCAACAAUCAUAUGCAGUGGUUUCUACGAGGAACAUCAAGCAUGCUUGUAGGUCCUUAACCUCCUCGGUUCUGCUUGCAAACGUGAGACGAGCAUUGAGAAGGCUUGCGCUCUGCCCUUGUCACGCGUCCCGGUGCGUGCUUCAUCUGGUCGCGCGACCCUUAAAAAAGAAGAGGGUCGAAAACUUGAUGUGUGCUUCAAAGCAGCCUGGCGAAGAUUUCAAGGUCAAAUGUUUUUUUGAAAGUACACUCACGAUAAGUUUCUUGGAAGCUUGCCUUGAAUUAUUGUUGUGCAAGAAGUUUGUUUAUCGAGGACCUUAACCGAGAAAAUGAAGCGUGAAAAAUAUACAUUUCAAAUUCGCACUGAGAAAGGACAGAAAUGUCUCAAUCCUCGAGAAAGUCGACUUUUUAAAUAUGAAAACUUUUAUCAGCACUAAAGUGUUCACAGACAUGAUCAACCAAAAGUCGGACGGAGAAACAAAAGUAUUUAUUAUGAGGU